GAGAGAGAGAGAGAGAAAAGGCAUAGAUUGAGGAGGAUGGGUUAUGUCACCAGCAGUCGCGCUCCUACCACAGCAGCGACAACAUUUCCUCAGUGCAACAUGCUACUGUUGGUGACGGUGGUGGUGGCGGCAACGGUGGCGGUGACCGGGGCUGAGCAGUCCACGGUAGAGGCAACGCUGAAGCAGGGUACCAUCCUGGGCUCGCGGGAGGAGACAACAAACGGCCGUGUGUACUACACCUUCAAGAGCAUUCCUUACGCCAAACCACCUGUCGGAGCCCUUCGUUUCAAGGACCCCGAGCCUGCCCCUGCCUGGAGCGGCGUCAGGAACGGAACGCUGCCUAUUCAAAAGUGUCCCCAGACUAAUUUCUUGGAUCAGAAAGUAGUCGGCCAGGAAGACUGUCUCUACCUUAAUGUCUACACGCCUAGGCCAUACUCUUCCAAUCUCCCCGUGAUGGUGUAUAUUCACGGUGGAGGUUUCAUCAUCGGUUCAGCUGAAGAUUAUGGUUCGUCACCAAAGCCUCUGAUGGAAAAGGACGUUGUUGUGGUCGCCUUGAACUACCGUUUAGGUGUCUUCGGCUUUCUCUCAACGGAGGACAAUGUCAUACCUGGAAAUUUGGGUCUCAAGGAUCAGGUUAUGGCCCUGCAGUGGGUGAAGGACAACAUCAUGGACCUGGGCGGGGACCCCAACCAGGUCACUAUCUUCGGGAUCAGCGCAGGAGCAAUGUCAACCCACAUGCACAUUUUCUCCCCGCUUUCAGCAGGGCUGUUUCGACGGGCCAUCAUGCAAUCAGGCACAGCACUGCUACCCUCUCUUAACACUUCUCCUAUGGAAGGUACCAUCAGGAUCGGUAAGGAACUCAACUGUACCGGUGAGAAAAGCCAGGAACUCUUGAACUGCUUCAGUGAGGCAACUAUUGAAGACCUGUUGAAGGCUCCAGGUCCUAUCAGCAACUGGACAGAAGCGCCGCCACCAAUGGGGCCCUGCGUGGACGGUAUCUUCCUCCCUGACCAGCCGGAGGUUCUGUUAAAGGAUGGUGUUUACAACAGAGUGGAUGUCAUGAGCGGUUCUACCAAAGACGAUGGAAACGUCGCAACCGUAGGUCUACUCCCAAGGAUAAAGGCUUUCAGAAACAACUUCACAAGGAUGGGCCCAAUGGUGCUACUAACGUGGAAGGAAGAGAACCCCGUCUACCUGGCUCGGCGAAUGAUGCUCAAUUACAUGCACAACAAAAUGGACUUCAACUUGACAUCAAAAGACGAGUAUAUUAUCACAAAAGCUGCUGGUGACCGAUACUUCCAAGCCCCUAACAUGAUGACGGUCGAGUUCCACGCCAAGGAUCCCGGCACCAAAACCUUCAUGUACCAAUUUGAUCAUGCUCCUGAGAAGUCGAUGAUGUUUAUGAUUGCGAAUAUUACACAGGAGAGAGCGAUGGCCGGCCACGGAGACGAUAUGAUCUAUCUUUUCCACUUCGGUGAGAUGGAGCCCACGAAAAGGGUCCAGGACCUACAAGUGCAAGAGAUCAUGGUGGAACUCUUUACUAACUUCGCCUCCACAGGGAAUCCAACCAUCAACGGCACUCUGGGCUUCAGGUGGACUCCCGUACAGCCGGAGGGGCCUCUCCACUACUUAUCUAUCACCACCACUCCCACGAUGCAGAUGGUGGACAAACAGCACCGUGAAUUCUGGACUUCGAUGCCGACCAAAAUUAAUAAAGUGCUCUACCCCGAACGUUUCCUUGAAGACUUUUAAGAGCUGCUGAUCGCCUGACCCCACGCUAUUGUUCCGCCGCAUCGACACCAGGAGAAUCAAAGAGUUCUUUACUUAAUUAAAUACAUAAGCUGUUCAAUGUAGGCACUGGAUGCAUAAAAGAUUCAAUAGAUAAAGGCAAAUGCAGGAAAGAAUUUCAUCACCUUGUCUGUAAAGUGAGGGAUAAUUUAUGUAGUUUAAUUGCUGAGUACACUGGCAAUUACACUAACUGAAACUUUCAAAAUAGAGCAUCUUAGACUAAUGACA